UCUCUGGGCAGGUGCUGCCAGGGGCCUGCCAUGUACAGUAAAACCAUACAGCGCCAAACGAAGAAUUAUUUAAAUGAUUCUUUGUCUUCACUGUAGCUUGCGCUUUCUGUUUCUAUUUCAGUUUAUUAAAAUGGUGUCCAAAUUGACACCUCUGCAAAAAGAGCUUUUGAGCGCUUUGUUAAGUUCCGGAGUUAAAAAAGACGUUUUGAUCCAAGCGCUAGACGACCUGAGCCAGAGUAGGACUGGGGUUAAACUGGAGGAUUUCCAGGUGUCCCCACCAAGUUCAAAGAUGAAUGGAAAUGUUUCAGAUGCAAAGCCAAUAUCCCGCACACUUGCCAACGGACACGGUAAGGGCUGCAGGUUGUCGGGUGACGAGGGCUCCGAGGAUGGGGACGAUUUGGAUGCACCACCAAUACUUAAGGAACUUCUGUCCCUCAACACAGAGGAGGCUGCGAAGCAGAGGGCUGAAGUGGAUCGAAUCUUAGCUGAGGACCCGUGGUGCGCCGCCCGCAUGAUCAAAGGAUACAUGAAGCAACACAAUAUUCCCCAGCGGGAGGUGGUGGACAUCACAGGGCUGAACCAGUCCCAUCUGUCUCAACACCUCAAUAAGGGCACGCCCAUGAAGACCUAUAAACGAGCAGCACUCUACACCUGGUACGUCCGGAAACAGCAAGAAAUUCUCAGACAGUUCACCCAGGCAGGUCAAGCCUCUAACAGCAAUAUGACAGACAAGAGCAAUGAGGAUCCGGUGCUGUUUUUUUUCCCAGAAUUCCAUCAGCCUGGACAGAGAAUGAGGCAGGCUGGGGACGAGGAGGAUGUUGAACCUGCCUCUAAGAAAAUGAGACGCAAUCGUUUCAAAUGGGGCCCUGCAUCCCAGCAGAUUCUCUAUCAGGCAUAUGAGCGACAGAAAAACCCCAGCAAGGAGGAGAGGGAGGCACUGGCGGAGGAGUGCAACAGAGCUGAGUGUGUGCAGAGAGGAGUGUCUCCAUCCAAAGCGUAUGGCCUGGGCUCUAACCUCGUCACAGAGGUGCGUGUCUACAACUGGUUCGCCAACCGCCGCAAGGAGGAAGCCUUUCGACAGAAACUAGCGCUGGACGCCUAUAGUGGGUCCUCUCACAGUACUGAACGCCUCCUGUCCCACAGCUCCCCCUCCCAGGCCCAGGACAGCGCCUCGUCCCCUACAAAAAUGCAAGGGGUCUGCUACAGUCAGCAGGGAGCUAGCGAGGCCACUUCUUCCACAACCAUCGGUCACCAUGGCAACAGCAGAAUGGAAAACAGUCGGCCUGCGUUACAACAGCUGUCUCCAGGCAGCCUGGACCCCACCCAGAGCCUGGUCUCACCUGACACCAAGAUGAUCUCAGUGUCAGGAGGAGGACUGCCCCCCGUCAGCACGCUGACGCAUAUCCAUCACUGUCACAGCCCCCAUCAGACCCAGGACCUGAUCAGAACGCUGCCUGGAGUCAUGACUAUAGCGCAGAAUCUGGGCAUAUCACAAACGGCGCCUGUCGUUAACAGCAUUGCAGGGAGUUUGGCAGCGCUGCCGUUCUCGUCACAGCUGCACGGCUGCCAUGAGCAUGACCUGGUGCAGCAGGAGCCCGACCACAGGACCCAGCAGCCUUUCUUGGGCCCCGUCACACACUCACAUAUAUAUAAGCCAGAUCUUCCUCAGUACUCCCAACCCCCACGCUACCCCCUCCACCAUGGGGCAGACCGAAGCCAACAUCAUCACCACCCUCAGCCCCAUGCCCACCCACAAGCCGUGCCCUUUGCAAGCCUGGUGAUUGCGCACCUGGCAACAGGAGAGCAUUCUUCCACCCUCUCACAAGCGUAACCAUGGAAACUCCUGAGGCAAGGCAAUGGUGCAUUGGACAAUAAGCCCUUCAGUAAAGUAAAGGCAGGAAGCAGCACUGUCUGGAUGAACUCUAUUUUAAAGAGAAAUAUAUGGAAUGCACACAAAAAUUCUGCAUUCUAAAGCCAAAUGAGCAUGGUAUGAAUAUAUAACAUGAUUAACUCUGGCAUGGUGAUGAUCAAGAAGGCUGAGUCUGCUUCUGUUACGUGGCUUCCACGAAAACACUUCAUUUUUUCACAAUCCUCAUUUCAUAUAUGGAAGAAAGAGCACUUAUAGUGUCCAUUUGUACAUAAUUUGUAUGCACUGAACAAAAAAACAUCUGACAGAGAAGUGUGUCUGUGUGUGUGCGUUUGUGUGUGUGCGUGUGAGUGUCCUUGCAUAUAUGCACAUGUGUGUGCAUGUGUGGUUGUGUAUGACAGGUGGGGGUGCGUGUGUGUGCAUGCAUUCUUUGUUGUGCAUGGCAGGUGGGUGUGUGUGUGUGUGUGUGUGCACAUGUGUGUGUGUAUGUGUGUGGGAUGACUGCGUUGCAUAGAAGAGGAGCUGUGCCACAUAGUCAGAGUGAUGUCACUGUCUCCUCUCCGCUGGUGUCCAUGGGCAACUUGCAGAAACCAGGCACUGGGAGAGAAAUGGCAGGAUCAGAACACCAUGAGGCCUGGCCUAGUGCCACAGUUGUAUCAUAUGACAAUCAUGAGUUUAACACAGUACGUACAGUAAAGUCAACUGUUAAAAGUUCCCAUGUUCUCUCAUUUAGAAGAGUUUCAACAGCAUUUUCAGAUCAGUAGUCACAGUACUGGGGUGUCAUAAAGAGUGAAGUUCACAGCACUGUGAAUGUAACAGGAGUUUAGGCAUCGGGGGGAAAAAAGCACACUAGUUCAAUGCUUAGAUUUUGUUUAAAAUUUCACAGUUCAAGGCUUACUUACCAGCAGAAUUCUGUAAAAGUUUUGGCCUAUCAGGUCUGGCCUAUGGUAGGCAGCUUGUUACAGCUAUCUAAUUUUACACAGCUAAGAAUUUUGUUAAAAAUAAGUUGGUAUGUGAAUGUUCUGUGCAGACUGUGACAUCACUCAUUGUGGAUCAAUAAGAGUAUGAUUAGUUCUCCUUCCUAAGAAUGGUAAAUGAUAAAUGGACUGCAUUUAUAUAGCGCUUUUAUCCAAAGCGCUUUACAACUGAUGCCUCUCAUUCGCCAGAGCAGUUAGGGGUUAGGUGUCUUGCUCAAGCACACUUCGACACGCCCAGGGCGGGGUUUGAACCGGCAACCCUCCGACUGCCAGACAAUCGGUCUUACCUACCUUUCCUGAGCUAUGUCGCCCCCAAAGCUAAAGAAGAUCUUUAGCUUUGCAAGCUAAUCACACCUUGUUGUGAGGAGUGGCUGUGGUUUGAAUCUCACUGCAGCCUUAUCCAAGUAACAGAAACUAGCUUGUUAUUGUUUCAGAUUAACAUAUUUGCUAGCUUGAGGGCUAAAUUUAUUUUUAAAUAUAUUUAUAAAUAAAUACAUUUUUAAGCAAUAUGAAAUAUUCAGGUUUGCUGCUUGCUAGCUACACAAGCUGGCCUGGCAAAUUGUGUGUGAUUUGUCAUCCCUUGUUGAAUCCUUGUUAUCGGGACAUUAUUCCAAUUUGUUAACAGUUUUUUGGAUGAGUACUGUGUAGACUCAGUAAUAUUCAAAGGCAAGCUCUCAGCAUUGUAGAUUAUAGAGCGUCUUAAAACAUAUGCAUCAUAUUACACAAUUUAAGUCUUCAGAUAAGGCUAAAACUACACAGUUGUGCAAUCAUUGAUGGUUAUAAUAGCAUGUUAUGUGAAUUUUGGCUAAUCAUAAAUCAAAGUGUUUGAAUCCAGUUUGAAGUCAGUUUAACUGAUACAGCUGAAAAAAAUCUUCCAUACUUUCUCUGUCACUUCAGUUGUCAGCAGUUGCCAUAGACUAGAAGAUUUUUAAGGCCAAUUCAGUCUUUUCACUGAACAGACAAUCGCUAUCGAUUUUGACCAACAAUAACCACAAGAUCACAUUUAGCCUGUUCUGUUGUGUUAACUGUCAUAGCAACAUACAAACAGAUCUGCCACAUGUCACCUGGCCAGCCACUCAUAUCUAGCUAGAGAGUAAAAUAAUGGUAAAUCAAUGUAUUUCCUUAUACAGAACAAGUGGCAGAACCUGAAUGCAGCCUUGGAUUUAUCAUAUAUUAUUUCUGCCUGUCUUCCAUAAGGAAGCUGCCUGGAAAGCAUUUGGUCAGUGUGCCAUCAAAUUUCCCUUUUAAUUUCCAUAUGAGUAACAGCAGGGUUACACAUAAGAGAUAAAGACAAUGUUUUUAAAAAUAUAUACUGUAUCCAUUGUUGUGUCUGGCUUUCUGCAUGCAAACAUGAUAUGCAAGCAGGCUGUUGAGAGAGAAAGGCAGUAGAAUGAGUAAGAGCUCAAUGAGCCUAUGGGUGCAGUGCUUCUGUAUGUUGUCACUGUGAUGUUCUUACUCGCAGAUUUACAUUUCCUAAAUGCUCUGAGUCUAAAUGUUAAAUACAAGUUGUGCUUUACUGAGGUCUUUCAACGUUCUCCAGAAGUUGUGUCUAAGGAAAAUUCCCGUGUGCUGAAAUCAUAAAACUGGCCAUGACUUUAUUUUUCCCUUUUUUCAAAGUCCACACAAGGCCAAACAUUCAAAUCCAAACAUUCCAACAGCCAUUGCAGUCAACUCAGUCACUAAAGACUCAAACAGCACAUUGGCCUCUCAACAAAGGCAUUUUCUUAUUUUAGCUGCCAGUCAAGUGAGCACUGCCCAGUUUUUAACAUAAUCAAGCUGGAAAUUAGCUGCCAUAGAUUGGCCACUUUUGUGACUGCACUCUUGUGCAAUUUUAAGUUACCAGAAAAGUAUUGUGAAAAAGUGCCUGGGAAAAAAAUAGGAAAUAUUUUAAACAACAUCUUGAAACCAUGUUUAUUGACUUGGGGCCUUUGUCACAAAGCAGGAUCGCUGGGUUAGCUGGGUAACUACACUGAGGAAAACCCAGAACCCUCCCAAAUCUGGACAAUGGACUGAAGUAAAAAGAGCUGUUCUGGGUUUUACUAUGUGCAGUUAUCCAUAUAACUCUGUAGUCUUGCUUCGCGAUACAGUUCCCUGUACUCAAACUGUUCACCAGAUUUCUAUUCAUCUUCAAUUCAUUUUUGUCAUUGUGAAUCUAAGAUUAGUGGUUGCUUUAUUCAAAAUUAUCUUAUCUUUCUCCCCCUUAAUACUCAUUUGAAAAAUAUAGCAUUCAUAGCAUCCUUCAGAGUAUUAUUUACUUUAUUAACGCAUUCUGUUCGUCUCGACCAGGAGUGCACAACAAAUUUGAGCCAACUUCUGCUCUUAAUUAUUUAAUCAGCUCAAUCAUAUCUUGAUCUGACAUUUGUAUAAGCAACAGAUACAGCUGCAGACUGCAAGUGUAUCUGAAAGUUUUUACUGUGCUGAAGUACAGGAGUGAACCAGUUGUGAGUUGUGCACCCCAGUUUUAGACAGAUCAGAAUCGAUGCACAUUUUUUUUUCUCUAGAUGACAGAAACCACCAUGUCAAAAGUGAUUUAACUCUAAUGUAUUGUUUUUAUAUAAAAAUGGAAAUUAGCCUUUGAAAAUCUUUAUUUAAACUUGUUUGAAUAUUGCUAUUUUAAGUAAACAUUUUUAUAUGA